AUGGCCACCCUGAUUAAAUCUAAUUCCUCUGCUUUGGUUAGCGGUUUGGGCCUAAGCCCCGUCCUGCCCCUGAACAGCUUCGGGAACGUGCUGCUGUUCCUCUUCAAUAUCUUUCUGGCUACGGCCAUCAUCUUUCUCAACGUGUCGGUUUUCGUGUCCAUACUGCUGAACAAGUCUUUGCGCUUCGAGAACCGCUUCAUGUACAUGUUGAGCACGUGCCUGAGCGACGUGUGCUCGGGAGUGUCGUACUACUACUGCGCCGCGCUGGACGUCCGCGACAGCUACGACUCUCCCAAUCGCACUUACUACAUAGCGCCCACUUUUUUGGGUCUGUCCUACAUGGCCAUUUUAGCAGCGCAGGCGGAUCGCUACCACGCGGUGUCCGCGCCGUUCAAGUACUCGCAGCGCAUGACGCGCGGCCGGACGCUGGCAGUGAUCGCGGUGUACUGGGUGUACGCGUUCAUCAUCGUGGCCGUCAAUAACUUUGUGACGAUUGGCAUUGCCAAGCAGGUCACAGGCAUCGGCACUUUCGUGAGCAACAUUUUCACAGUGAUCAUCAUGAUCGGGUUAAACGUGCGCCUGUUCCUGAUCGCCAGAUACCAGCUGGACCGCGAGCCGCCCAGCGCAGAGCGAGAAAACAAGCGUGCGUCCGUCUAUCUCAUAGUGGUCGUGGCCGUGUUCUUUCUUAUAUCCUGGCUGCCAAUAUUCUUGCACAUUAUCGUGUGUAAUUUAUCGGGCACCACGUGCUACUCGUUCCGCAACGAGGGCUCUGACCCACUGCGCAUCAUGCCGCGCGUAAACGCCGCUCUCACACCCCUGCUGUACAUCAGGGGCUGCGCGGGGCUCCGAAACACACUGUUCACCAAAGUGUGGAGAGUGUGCUACAGACACAUAGGAGUCUAUCCCAGGUCUUGGAAGAGGUCUGUUGCACCCAAUAUCCUGUCUGUUUCCAUGCUGUGCAAAACCCAGAAGGCAAGGCAAACGAAGUGA